AUGAUGAAUUUGCCGGAUUUCUUAAAUGACGGUGAUUCAAUCAAUAGAAGGAAAUGCAAUGGAAGCUCACAUGGUAGUAGUAGACAUAAUCUGAUAUUUGACAACGGUACUGGUAAUAAUAACAACAACGGAAGCAACAGCAACCACAACGACAAUGGCCAUAAUCUUCCACCACCAGUUCCUUCCAACAAUGAUGACCCUUUACAUCAGUCUAAUUUCAAUGAUAUAUUGUACAGCAAACUAUCUAAUUUAAAUGACUAUCCAGAAGUUGAUUUUUCAACGUAUUAUUACAACAACAAUGGUGCAGCAGCAGCAGCAGCAGCAAAUUCAAGUUUUAGAGACACUUUUAAUUUGCCAGCAGAGCUACAAGGCGGAGUAACUAAUAUAUCGUCAAGAAGACCAAGUUAUGCAGCAGAGUCUUUUACUAGAAGUAGUUUUUUCCAACCACUGGCCACGACGACAGUCACACCACAAACAUCGCAAGCGGGUUCACAAUCGUCAAACUUUUUCAAUAACAGUCAUGGAAAUAGCAACAAUAGCAACAACAGUCGAGGCUUAUCUUCAUUUGCUAUGAUGAACAGUUUCCAAGCCAAAAAUAGUCAGGUUCAUAAUGGAUUUGAUCUUACAGAGGCAUUUGGAGAGAUUAAUUUGAAUUCUGGGUCUAAGUUUAGUGAGUUUCAGUCAAGAAGACCAAGUCAAUUGGUUGACUUUCCGUGGAGUUCACCUUUUAAUGCAACACCUGCUCUGCAGUACCAACCACGGCAGCAACAAGCGCAAUCACCACAGCAAAGCUUCAAUUUUGCACAACCAGGUGGCGUUGGAGCUGGAGGUGGACGUAGUGCUUCAAUAGACGUGACCAGCACUAAUACAUUUGCUCCUUUUGCAGAAAAUAACGGAGGUCCUUCCUCAGUUCAGAUAGGCCAACUACCUCGAGGAUCUAAUCCUUCUCAUUUGCAACCACGAAAUGUUCAUCAAGCAGGGCAUCAGCAUCAGCAGCAACAGCAGCAUCAGCAGCAAAAACAUUCGUUUUAUUCGCCUCAGCAACAACCACAAUUCCGCACGGGACAACCACAGUCGAACCAAGCCUUUUUACCACAGCAUCCUCAAUUUGCUGGUACUCCAGGCCAACCAAUCAAGUUGGAAAAUGGGUUACUCUUGAAAGAUCAAUAUAUAGUUGCUUCACCAGAGUUAAAAGAGUUGUAUUCCAAAACAAAAAGGUAUUUUCAAGAUGACAAAAUCACGAGUGAGAUUUUAACCAAAAUGAAUGGAUUGUUGGGUAGUCCUAUAAUCACCAAAUUGAUUACCUUUAUUAAAAAUUUGAAUAAUUUAACAUUCAAUCACAAGAUCUUGUGCUUGGUCAUUAACAAGAAUGGGAAAUUUGAUUUAUUAUCAUAUCCCAACAAUUCCAAUAUUUUUCUCCAAAAAGAUGAUUUGGUCAUAGUUGAUGGAGAUCGAGGCAAAGAUUUAGUUAUGAUUAUUGAGCCAUUGGUUAAUUUAAAUUUCGCUGUUUUAUUCAAUUUUCUCAAAAAAUUGGAACAUUUGAAAAGUCUAACAAUUCAUGAAGGUUACGGAGGUAAAGCUCAUGGAGGCACUCACUCAACAUCAAUGAAUGCUUCAACAAUUAUCAAUUCGCACCUGAAUGAAGAUAACGAAUUUAUAAUCACCUUGCCUACGAAACAAGUGUUGCGAUUUGCUACUCCAAAAGAAGUCCACAAGAUUAGUGGCAAAUUUCUUGAAGAGAAGAAAGCAUUUAUCACUUGUUUUAACAAGAUUAAGGAAUUGGGUUUAGAAUCAGAUUUAACUUUAAUCAAUGUUGAGUAUCAAUGUGACUUCAAAAAACUUAUUUUUUAUUACUUUGCUGGGUUCAAGCGUAUUGAUUUUAGAGGACUUAUAAAGGAGUUGUUUAAAAUUUACAAAACAAGAAUUUGGUUAUGCGCUGUGUUGCCAUUUAACCAGCCAGAGUUAUUCAUCACUAUGGAUGAUGAAGAUGAGAAGAAGAAAGAGUUAGAUUCAACUAGUUGUGGUGGUUCUAAAUCAACUACUAAUGGUAGACAACAUACCACCUCUUCUGUUGAUAAACGCCAAGAUCUUUUACCAAAAGAAUACGAAUUGAGUAAUGAACAGAUUUUGAAUUUUGCCAUUACUGAAUUUGACACAUUACCACCACCAAAUUAUUUUCAUCUGAUUAACUUGUUGAAUUUGAUUAAACAUUUAACUGAUGAUAUAAAGGGCCAAUUUUAUGGAUUUAAUAAUAAUAAUAAUAAUAAUAGUAAUGCAGGGAAAUAG